AUGGCCCCAGAGACCCGGUCCCGCGGCGCGCCCCCCUCGAGCCGGGUCUACCACUCUACGCCCUCACUGCAGCAGGUACAGUUUCCGUCUCGGAGGAAGAAGGUGCGCACCUACGGCCGGCAGCCCAGGGAUCACCUAGCCACCGUGACUCUGCGGCAGCAGACGCUUACCCAGAUUGACUUUGUGUCGAGCUUUGAAACCGACGAAGACGACGAUGGCGUUGUCAGCCUGACCGAGAGCGAGGCUGAGACGGCACGAUACAGAGGCGAAAAGGAGCGUAGGAAUCCGCAGGUCGACGGCGGGGAGCUUGAUCAGCAAGAGGAGGACGCCGACGAAGAUUCAUUUCAUGUGAAGAUCAGGCGGAGGAGGAGGCCGGAGGCCGCACCGGAGAGGAAGAGGAAGCGAAGGCGGACGCUGGGCGACGAAACCAACGACAAGAACGCAGGGAAGCCGAACGUGGGCGAAGGGAAGGAAAAAGAAUGGAGACGAAGGACGAUGGGUGACCACUCAGCGCACCCGUCAUCGUCCAUCUAUCAUACCCAAACCCUGACGCAGCUCCUUGGCCACCGCUCCGUCAUUGCUGACUCGGACGACGAGCUGGAUAUCGACAUCGACCCCGACAUCGACCUGGGUGCCGUCAGCGAAAAGGAUGACGACGAGGACGGCUUCCUCCACUGGCUUGGCGACUCCGGAAGCCCUAGCGUGCGAAACAAUCAGGUGGACAACGUCGAAUCGCCUCCGUCCCGGGAGGAGUCCGUCAUCCCGCAGACGCCAGCCAAGCGCACCACGACGCUUCGCUUCGACCUGCCCCCUUCGGGCGGCCUCGGCUCCCCCUCGACCUUGCGCGUAGACCGCUACGGUCCGGCCGACAAGCAGCAUUCUCCCCGGCCCCGCCGAAUCACAUCCUCGCCUGUCGAGUCAUCUGUCGCGCUGACAGGCGUCCCUCGACCUCGAGAGCCGGUCGCGUUGGCCCGUCCCGUGCCGGCUCUGGCCAUCCAGGACUCGUUCGCCACCACCGCAAGCUUGGGGACGACCGACGCUCGCAAAAGCCCUUCAUCAUCGACGCCCGUGACACCCUCUGGGAUGCCGCAUCCUCAGCCUGAGGAGAAUUUGGAGCCCACUCGGCCACCCGCUUCGCCGAUGGCGUCGUCUCCGACACGGACGAGGACGUCGCCCAAGAAGCUGACGGCGAAUGGUCGGUCCGAGAUUCCUGACUCGGAUGAUGACGACUUUGACUUUGUCCGCGACGACGACGACGAAGCAAACGAUGGCGACUUUGCCGGUGCAGAAACGCAGCUCGUUCUGAGCGAAUUGGCGUCAACGAAAGACAUCGACCAAGCAGCCCCUCGACUCUCUGCUCUACCCCCGUCUUCCCUACGCCUCGAGGUUGUCGACUCUGCUCCAACGGCCCCUUCGCCAUUACUGCCAGAACUGCCACCACUGCCACCACCAAACGCUCAUUCCUAUCCGCCCAAACCCAUCCGACAACCUCUCCACAACCCCCUUUCUCCCCACAAUCCCAGCCAGCCCUUCGAGUCCCAGCGGGUCGCUCUCUCUAUCCUCCAGUCCCUCCCCCCGCACACCCCGCGCUCCGAUAUUAUCCUCCCCUUGUCCCCUUCCCAGCUCGACGUCCUCGUUACCGGCCAUGCCGUCCAUGUUCAGCUGCCCUUCAAGAUCCCCCUUCAGGUCGUUCGCUUCUGGCUCCUCGAUGACAUUGCCCGACAACUACGAUACAUGGCCUGCAUCGACUAUUCCGCCGCUCAUCUCACGCGCCCCCUCGCCCCGUUUUCCUACCCUCUCGCCCAAAUCUAUGAGCUGAACAACCCUGUCGACGAAGAAGAUAUGCGUGACGAGGGCUGGUUGCAUGGCCCCAUCGCCAAGUACGUUUACCUGCCCCCAGCCGUCAUCGGGCAGCUGCUCUGGAACUUGAGGCACGAGCUUUUUGCCGCCGAUGACGACAAGGAGGAUGCUGCCGAGGACGACAAUCAGGUAGUGCCUGAUGGUCCCUCUCGCGAGACCCUCUGCCUGCCCCUCGCCGGCACUCCCUCCGGUACCAUGACCAUCUCCCAGGAAGUCACCGCCCAGAUCCGCAGCGACAUCGCCCACUCGACGCAGUUCAUCCCCUCGACUGCCGAUCAAACACGCCACGACGAUGAAGGGGCAUCCACGCCUAGCCGCCCCCGUUCAUCCCCCGCCACCAAACCCCCUCGGCAGUCCUCGUCAUUGGACCGCGCCCCUCAGGAGCAUGCCAAUCUAUCCUUCUCCCAAGCGACAACCGCAUCGCGGUCGCCGACGCCCGAGAGCCCGCAGCUUUGCCCUACUCGUCGAGAACCCCCCGUUGCUGCCGCCGCCGCCCCUUCUCAGCAAACGCCGCAGCUGCACAAUUCUGGCAGCAGUCUCGCCUUCUUGGACCAGAGCGCCUCGCUACUCACCAUCCCUCCUGGGUCGUCCUCGCUCCCUGCCUCUCAGCUCCUAACCAAAAGCCAGCUGUUAUCCGACAGCCUUACCAGAGAUGUCAAUCCACCGGAACUCCCACGCGUCAUAUGGGAUUCGGAGGAUGACGACGCCCCGCCGUGA